UGAUAAAAGAAAUCAUUUCGCCGUAGCUACCCACCCGGAUCGUCCGUUGUUUUCCAGUCAGAUAACAUUGUUUACGAACUAGCUACAAUCUUUUAUUUGCGGGUGGCGAAACUUGAAACUACAAUAAUUAUAAGCAACCUUAGUGUGACAAAGAUAAGGCAGCGCUACGGGCGACCGUAAAUAAGUUUGUUCUAAAUUCAAAAUGGCGCUGAGAAGUAAAGGUGUAUUCAUAGUUGGCGCGAAAAGAACUCCAUUUUGUAGUUAUGGCGGGCCUUUUAGAGAGAUGCCAGCUUCACACAUUUUCGCUUCUGCGGCAAAGGCAGCCAUUAUUUCAGCCAAUGUCGAUCCAAAUGCCAUCGACAAUAUUGUCGUUGGAAACGUUAAUUUUUUGAGCCAAUGCGACGGCGGAAAGACCGCAAGGUACUGUGGCCUGUAUUCAGGAGUGCCAAUACACAAGCCAGCUUUAGGAGUCAGCAAAGCAUGUGGGACUGGUCUUCAAGCUAUUGUUACGAGUGCUUUGGAUAUUUUAACAGGUUCAGCAAAAUUAUCCCUUACAGGAGGGACGGAAAACAUGUCCUCUCUCCCUCUCUUAGUCCGGAACAUCCGCUUUGGUACUUCUUUAGGAGCAUCAUAUAAACUAGAAGAGUACAUAACGGAGCAGUACUUGGAUUCCAACGUAGGGUUGACGCUGCAGCAGAUGGCUGAAGAGGUGGCUAAGAGCUGUGGAGUAUCGAGGGACGAGGCUGACGAGUUUGCUCUACAGAGCCAUUUGAAAUGGAAGGCAGGUUAUGAAAACAAAGUAUUCGACGACGAAGUAGUAAGUGUUAAAGCCAAAACGAAGAAAAAAGAAGUAUUGGUGGCGAAAGAUGAACUCCCACGGACUUUCAUCACCGAUGAGCACCUUAGUUGCCUGCCUCCUGUAACAGGACUUUCGAUUGUCACUGAAGGGAAUUCCUCGAGUCCAGCUGACGGUGCUGCUGCCUUACUCCUAGCAAGCUCGGAAGCCGUGAAACAGCAAAACCUCCUGCCGCUAGCUAGAGUAGCUGGAUGGGCCUGUGUUGGAACAGACCCCAGGGACGCGACAGGGGCAGUGCCGGCCGUUAGAAAACUGCUGGAGAUUAUGAAGAUGACUGUGGACGAUGUGGACUGGUUCGAGAUCAACGAAACCUUCGCCACAGCUACGUUAGCCACAGCGCGGGAGCUUCGCGUAGAAGACAAAUUGAAUCGGCACGGGGGUGCUUUAGCUGUGGGCCACGCCCCCGCAGCUACUGGCGCUCGUAUGGCAGUUCAUUUGGCUCAUCAAAUAAGCCAGAAAAAAGUCAAGAGGAGCAUAGCGGCUUCCAGUUGCGGUGGUGGCCAAGGAGUUGCUAUUAUGUUGGAACACAUUAAAACUUAACUAUGUAUUAACUUAUAUAGUGGUAUCCAAAAUUAGAAAGUUAGCUAACAUUGUCUAAUGUCUAAUUAGAAUGGUAAAAAUUAUAAAAAGUAUGUCUGUGAAAAGGGGUUUGCACACUUAUAACACCAUUGUAUGUUUGUUGAAUUUCCUAGAAGAGCAAUUUUUUUGAAAGUUUUUUUUUACCACACAUGUGAGUAAGUAAUCUUUUAGUUCUGUUACCAGUCAUAUAAUGAGUCUUAAUGCAAACAUUUCCCAAUCACUGGUACUCUUAUCUGAUUCUGAAUACCACUGUAUGCAUGAUUACUAAAAUAAUGUAAAUGACUAGAAUAAAUAAUACUCAUAAUACAUAAUGGCAUGUGUAUAAUGUAAAGAGGAAUGUGAAAAUACUAUCAAAAUAAGUAAAUAAUGUAUACUUUGACUGAGCAUAUAAAAAAGCUUUUAUAUAAUCAUAUAUAUCUCUUUGAAAACAGAAUUGUAAAUAUAUAUCAAGAAUAAGAUACGAUGUAUUAUUAACUAUACAUAUCUUUGAAAUAAAAGAAUCAGUUGCUAUACAAAAAUGUAUUACUAAUUACAUAAUUUAUAAAUUAUUUAUAUAAUUGCAAACUUAAAUGCAAGUUUUAAAACGCUCUUAUGUUAUAAUAUUUAGUCACAGACGUCACAGUGUCAUAAUAACUAAAGAUUUAGUAAAAUCAAGUAAAUGUUAAUGGUUAUGCAUGAUUUUUUUGAUUUUUACGGUUGAAUUAUGCAAAUUAUGCACAUACCUAUAUCAAACUAUGUAUGUAUCAAUCAGCUUCACAUAGCAUGGCAGAUCAGUAUAACAAAUACUUUGUCACCAAUUACACACUUUUUUUUUAAA